AUGUCUUAUCGCACCGCAUCCAACAUUUCCGAGUCCCAGACAUCGGAGAGAGUGAACCAGGAACAGCAGCUGUUCAAUCUAUGUGCCUCCCAGGGAGCUAUAACUGUUGCUUGCAUAGCCAGGAGUGCUAUCAAGUAUGGCUCUUUUGAGUCCAACAGGGAUGCAUCACUCUCUGCCUUUCAAAGCUUCUUAUGCAAGCUCGCGCAAUUCUGUCACAAUGAUUCAGGCGGGGCGGCAAACACCUCGCUUGUAUGCCUCGCAGUUGACGGGGGGGCUGAGUUCCUCUUCACCACCAACUUCAGAAAACCGGCCGAGCUCGAGGAGAUUAAAAGAGGCCUUGAAGAUUUGCUGCGAUAUGCCACCACCAAUCCUGAAAAGCUAAACCCUAAGCCACUUCAGAAAAUGAUUUUAUGGCGUUUUCUUGAGUUCUGCUUCAAGAGGGUUGGUGCGUACUUUAGGACACUGUCCAGAGCGCUUGGUGAAUGCAUCGAUGAGUGCGAAUCGGCCCGGGAAUCUACAAUUACCAGGCAGCUCUGCGAGUUGAAGUCUAGAGUCGAAUUCCCACGGGAGAUGACUGACACAGCGAGGAACAAGGUCCUUAGAGAUUGCGAGACUUUUAUCAAGGCUAUCGAGGCGAGCAAGAAUAGCAGCCUUGGCGGAGAGAUUGACCGUCGUGCCAGGCAGGACGAUCAUGACCAGGCCUACAAAUGGUGCGAACUCCGUCAUUGUCUUGGGCGCCUCUAUUCAUAUCGUCAGGCGUCCGAGGCCGUUGUUGAGGCAACAAUGAAAUGGCCUGAAGUUUUCAGGAGCUUCAAAGUCAACUACAUUCAACCUGCAAAGCAAAAGAAGGCUGCGCCGCCCAAGUCAGCGAGAUUGGAAGACGUACUGCACUAUGCUUUUCCUGAAGACGACCUAGAAGAGUUCCAAGACGAUAUCGCUGAGCUUCAGAAAUACGGGCUCGAAUCGGAGAUCCGUAGGCAGGUCUUUGACAGGAAGACCAAGACUUUUAUUCAUGCAGAGGUCCAUCUGCACGACUAUCUUACCACGAUGAGAGAGGUCAGGCCAUCGGAUUUUUGGGAUGGGAAUAUGUUCAUCGCAACCAGCAAAUCGGUUUGCCGGCUUUGCCACUUCUACUUCCAGAACGACGACAAUGAGUUCACCGUCCAGCCUCCGCACAUGAACUUGUAUCCCAAGUGGCGCCUUCCCGAUAAUGCAAGCGAAGAGGUGUUGGAAGACCUCAUCGACAAGAUGCAGCAGAAUACGCUCAGCCUUAUUACAGAGAAGCAGCCGUAUUAUAAAAGGUACGAUUCGAGAACCGAUUCGCAGGGAUUCCAGACAAGAUCAACCCACAGACCGGUGUUUGACCGUUCCACUGCUCCUUCUCCCCUUGGCGGGCGCAGUUCUCAAUCGGGCGUCAGGCCGGGGGGCUAUCACAGUGAGCCUCCACCACCUAGCCAUGUGUUGGAUGAUACUCUCCCGCUUGAAAGUGCAUUUGGGGAUUAUGGAGUCAUUGGAGACGAAAGGGCUUCGGCACGAAACGGAGGAUCAAUGAUCGGGAUAGGCCUUUAA